AUGGCUUCCGAGAACGAGAAAGGCCCCCUCUCCUUCAUCGGAGACCCGCUCGGCAAAGUCCUCAACGUCGGCCUCAAACCCAUCGGCGCCGUAACAGGUGCCAUCGGCAACCCGAACGGCCAAGCCCUUCUAGACGUCGAGAAUCAAGCCAAGAGAGACAUGGCGUACAGUGACAAGAACAACAACAAGAAGGAUAAAGAUCUUCCGGGUGGGGAGAGGAUUGGUGGGAAUACUCAGACCGGGCAGAAUCCGUUGGGGCUGUGA